UAUCAGUGUCAGAAAGAACGUACAGGAAAACCUCAAACAAGCAAAAUCAAGCGUGAGUGUAAUCGUAAAAAUAAAUUGCCACGAAUUGUAAAAAUAUGCAUUUAGUAUAGAAAUAAAAAGUACUAUAAUUAAGUUACGAAGUCAUGGUUCGCAGCGGGCGUGAUCGUGACAGAGAUCGUGAUCGCGAAAGGAGACGCUCACACAGUAGAUCAGCAUCUCCGGAUCGUAAGCGGCGCCGCUCUAGGUCUAGGAGUAGAGACAGAGCAUCGAAGUCUUCUAAAAGAAAGCGAAGUCGUAGUAGGGAGAGAGACUCCAAGAGGGACCGUAGUAGAGAACGAGAUAGGGAUCGUGAAAGAGACAGAAAAAGUGAUAAAAGGGAGGAUAAGAGGAAUGGAACAAGUAGUAAAUCAUCAAGAAAGAAGUCCCCGGACCGGGAGAGAGACAGGUCUAAGUCAAAGGAAAAGACAAUCAAGACAGAAUCUGACUAUGAUCUUGGAUCUGCUGAUAAGGAAGAAGAGCAAAGUCGCCUAGAGCAGGAAAUGCAGAAGCGUCGCGACCGCAUUGAGCGCUGGCGAGCGGAGCGGAAGCGUAAAGAGCUAGAGUCUGCAAAGAAAGAGGUGCAGAAAGGCAGCAUCGUCAGCAACAUUCAGAUGCCGGCGAAGAAAUGGUCGCUAGAGGACGACUCGGGUGAUGAAGGUGAAGAUGGAGAAGCAAAAGAGAAACCAGCGCCUGAAGAGAAAAAAGAGGAAGAAGAUGAAAUAGACCCAUUGGAUGCUUACAUGCAAGAAGUACAACAAGAGGUACGCAAAGUAAACCAAAUAGACCAAGCUCGUGGGCUUAUCAGUGUGCCAUCUGGCGGUGGGACCGGUGUGGUCAUACUAACGGGAACAGCCAAAAAGAAGGUCACGGAACAGAAAAAUAAAGGCGAGCUGAUAGAACAGAACCAAGAUGGGUUGGAGUAUUCUUCUGAAGAAGAAACUGAGGAUAUCAAAGACGCCGCAGCCAACCUGGCUUCUAAGCAGCGGAAAGAGCUCGCCAAAGUCGACCACGCCAGUCUUCAGUACAUGCCUUUCAGGAAAGCUUUCUACACCGAGGUGAGCGAACUUGCAAGAAUGACUCCAGAAGAGGUGGAGGCAUACCGAACCGAACUGGAAGGAAUCCGGGUGAAAGGCAAGGGUUGUCCGAAGCCGAUUCGGACGUGGGCUCAUUGCGGCAUCAGCAAGAAGGAGCUGGAUAUAUUGAAGAAGUUGGGCUUUGAGAAACCCACGCCUAUCCAGGCUCAGGCGAUACCGGCUAUUAUGUCGGGAAGGGACCUCAUCGGCAUAGCAAAAACGGGUUCAGGCAAAACCCUAGCGUUCAUCUUGCCGAUGUUCCGCCACGUACUGGACCAGCCGCCUCUAGAAGACACAGACGGACCAAUCUCUCUCAUCAUGACUCCUACAAGAGAACUGUGUAUGCAGAUCGGAAAAGAUAUAAAGAAAUUCGCCAAAUCGUUGGGCUUGAGAGUUGUUUGUGUGUACGGUGGCACUGGGAUUUCUGAACAGAUAGCGGAACUAAAGCGAGGUGCGGAGAUGAUAGUGUGCACCCCGGGCCGUAUGAUCGACAUGUUGGCCGCCAACUCCGGCCGCGUCACCAACCUUCGCCGCGUCACUUAUAUAGUGUUGGACGAAGCAGACAGAAUGUUUGACAUGGGCUUUGAACCUCAGGUGAUGAAAAUAAUUGACAACGUAAGGCCAGACAGACAAACCGUCAUGUUCAGCGCCACCUUCCCGCGGCAAAUGGAGGCGCUCGCGCGGCGGAUACUGCAGAAACCUAUAGAAAUACAGGUCGGCGGCAGAAGCGUAGUCUGCAAAGACGUGGAACAGCACUGCGCCAUCUUAGAAGAAGAUGCGAAAUUCUUCAAACUCCUAGAGUUGCUCGGCCUCUACAGCCAGAUGGGAAGCAUCAUAGUGUUCGUGGAUAAACAAGAGAAUGCCGAUAGUCUACUGAAAGACCUCAUGAAGGCUUCGUACCCCUGCAUGAGUUUGCAUGGAGGUAUUGAUCAAUUCGACAGGGACUCGACGAUUGUGGACUUCAAGAAUGGCAAGGUGAAGCUACUGGUGGCUACCAGCGUGGCGGCCAGGGGAUUGGAUGUCAAACAGCUGGUGCUAGUAGUCAACUAUGACUGUCCGAAUCAUUACGAGGAUUAUGUGCAUAGAUGCGGUCGAACCGGGCGUGCGGGUAACAAAGGUUACGCCUGGACGUUCCUGACGCCGGAGCAGGGCCGCUACGCCGGCGACGUGCUGCGCGCCUUCGAGCUGGCGGGCGCGGCGCCGCCGCCCGAGCUCCGGGCUCUGUGGGAGCGGUACAAGGAGGCGCAGGAGAAGGACGGCAAGAAGGUGCAUACCGGCGGCGGAUUUAGUGGGAAAGGUUUCAAGUUUGACGAAUCAGAAGCGCAAGCGGCGACUGAGAAGAAGAAGUAUCAAAAAGCGGCGCUCGGGCUCCAGGACUCCGACGACGAGGACGUGGAGGGCGACCUUGACCAGCAGAUCGAGACCAUGCUGGCUGCCAAGAAGAUCGUCAAAGAGAUUAAGCCGGGUGUAGCAGGCGCAGCAGCCGCGCCGGCCGCCGGCAGCGCCCCGGGCGCGGACGGCAAGCUGGAGCUGGCGCGGAGACUGGCGAGCCGCAUCAACCUCGCCAAGGGGCUCGGCGGCGAGCAGAAGGGCGCCACGCAGCAGGCCGCGGAGGCCAUACUGAAGGGGGCGCCUUCAGCUCACACUCUCAUCACUGCUAAAACCGUAGCAGAGCAGUUAGCGGCCAAACUGAACACACGUCUGAACUACCAGCCACGCGACGAGAGCAACGCGGAGCCGCAAGAAGAAGUAUUUAGGAAAUACGAGACCGAAUUGGAGAUUAACGACUUCCCUCAGCAAGCCCGCUGGAGGGUCACUAGCAAGGAGGCGCUAGCCCUGAUCAGCGAAUACAGUGAGGCUGGUAUAACCGUCCGUGGUACUUACGUACCGCCAGGUAAAACUCCUCCAGAAGGCGAAAGGAAACUUUACCUCGCUAUAGAAAGCUCUCAAGAGUUAGCUGUGGCGAAGGCAAAGUCGGAAAUCACACGCCUCAUCAAAGAAGAGCUUCUGAAGCUACAGACCUCCGCUCAUCACAUGGUCAACAAGGCUAGAUAUAAGGUCCUUUAAGGGAAUAAAUGGCGCCAAUAUA